UGCGAGUGGAAGAACUCAAGAUGAUGCAUAUUUGUUCAAGGAGAUUCGAAAGGUGGUGGAAGAGAUUGGACCGGAGAAUGUCGUGCACGUAGUCACCGACAACGGCUCGAACUACAAGAAAGCAUGCAAGGAACUUCUAAUUGAGGUGUAUGAACACAUAUCUUGGACACCUUGUCUAGCACACACCGUCAAUUUGAUAUUGAAGGAUAUAGCUCGAAGGCCUGAACAUGGUGUUAUGAUCAAGCAGUGCAAGCGAAUUUCAAAUUGGUUACACAAUCAUGGUCAGUUGAAUACAAUGAUGAGAGACGCAAUCGGUGGUGAGUUGGUCAAGUGGAAUGCCACUCGAUUUGGAACCAACUACAUGUUCCUACAGAGCAUCUAUCGGAAACGUGAUCGUUUCAUGCAGUGGAUGGCAUCUACUGAGUUCCAACACAGCAAAUGGGCGAAUACCGAAGAUGGUAGAUUUACUCAUGCAUGUUUUGCAAGUAUGGAGUGGUGGGAUGCAUUUAAAUAUAUCAUCGACAUGGUUCAACCAAUAUACAAGUUCCUCCGCUUCGCUGAUCAGGACAAGAAGCCGAACAUUUGCGAAGUUGUGAUGGCCUACCAGACUAUGAAACAGGAGCUGCGGUCUUUCUUUGGAACAAAUGUUUCCACACUGAAGGAGUAUAUUCAGGUGGUGGACGACAGCUGCUGUCCUAAAUCCGAGGCAUUGCAGGAGUUUGACGUGUUUCGACAGAAGGUUGGCGAGUAUGACAGUGAAAUGGCAAUGCGGAUGGCGAUGGACCCAAAGACAUCCGCAUGUGAGCGUAGUCCUCCGUAUCAAGAGUCCAAGGAUAGCAGCUCGACCGAUGAUGAUAAUAAUAGUAACGGUGCUGAUGCUGGUGGUGGUGCUGGUGGUACUGGUACUAGUGCUGGUGGUGCUGCUAGUGGUAGUGGUGGUGCUCGUGGUGUUCAUUUUACAGGGGAGACUCAGUUCACACAUACUACUUAG